GAUAUCAGUAAAUUAAUGUGUUUUGAACCAGGUGCUGAUAAGGACCAGAUGGUGACCGAAUUCAUGAGCACUAUCGUGUGCGCGAUGAGGAAAUUACCCGUGCUAAACGUUCGGCUAAUGCUGAAGAUGCUCCUCUGCAGAGUCAUGGCAUGGCUCAUCGAGUUUCUACGAGUCAGAGACUUCAACACGAUGAAGAGGGUGGUAGAGGCGUUUCACGCGUUUGGGAACUGUCACAAAUACUAUCCUAUGAACCCGAAAGCAGAGAGAAGACUCCUCCCCGAGACAGAAUUUCAUCCGAAUGACACAAGACGCAAACUAUUGCAGUGAACAGUUGGCCUCACUGGACUCGUAAUAAUUUACUCCAAUAUGCAAACAGCUCGCGUUCUUCGUCAAGAGAGGCACACUCUCGUCAGAACGUACACUUCCACAGGUGUUUCUCUACGAA